AUGACGACACCUAACGUUCUCGCGUUCGAGCCUGACGGUCGCCCCAUAGAGUUCGCUGUGUGGUUAGACGACCUCCAACUGUUCCUUCUGACUGAUGCCAAAGAGGGCGUUUCACUGUUCGAUUACGUGUCUGGCACUGCCGUUGCUCCUGCUGCCGAUGCUCCUGCUCUCGAACGCUCGCAGUGGCAGACUCGCGAUGCUGCUGCACGCCUAGCUAUUAGGAACCAUCUGCCGAUUACUGAGCGCGCGCAUUUCAGCCAGCACAAAACUGCCAAGACGCUGUACGACGCUGUAGUUGCGCGCUACUCCUCCCCGGCAACUGCAGUUAUAGGUCGGCUCAUGCUACCCUACCUGUUCCCCGACCUCUCCUCGUUCACCACUGCUGACGACCUCAUUUCCCACCUGCGCGCUACUGACACUCGCUUUCGUGCCGCCCUUUCAGCCGAGGACCACUUCCUAGCGCUAGACCCCCCCACUCUCACUGUCGACGACUUCGAGACGCACCUCCUUGCAGCAGAGAAGACCAUCCUCGCUGUAGGUGCUGCUCGUGGCACUCCUCGCUCUCCCCUCUUUGAGGGGUGCUCCCCCUCCCCUUUCACCCCCUCCUACGCCUCCGCAGCUGCUGCUCACGACUACCUUGGUGCUGAGGAGGUCGGGGCUGCUUCCGCUCCUAGUGGGAAGCGUCGCAGCGGCAGGGGCGGCAAGGGUGGCAGGGGAGGUGGGGGUGGCGGUGGAGGUGGCGGUGGAGGUGGCGGCGGGGGAGGCGGAGGUGGUGGAGGAGGUCGUGGGGGUGGAGGUGGUGGAGGUGGUGGUGGUGGCAGCGGAGGCACUGGGGGCGGUGGAGGUGGCAGCAGCGGCGGUGGGGGCGGAGGGAGCGGUGGUGGCAGUGGUGGUCAGGGUCAGCAGCAGUCGCAGCAGCAGCAGCAGCAGCAGCAGCAGCGUCAGCGCCAGACCCCCACUUCCCAGCAGCUUCUUGACUGGUAG